UGGUGGCUGACAACGAAAGGUCGUUGGAGACUAAACUAUUAAAGAAUCUCGUAAUAGAUACAUAUUCUGCAAGAUCGAUACGAUGAAGCAAUAUGUACGUACCAAAAAGGUCUCAGCAUGGUACCCAAGUCGGAUCAUCCGGGACAACAAAGAAUGAAAGCUGUCGUAGGAAACGCGGAGAACACACUUGACAAACGCGCAGCUGCACAUGCCAAAAGAGGCGAUUUUGCUGGUGGACUUUCAAUAGCGCGCGAGCUCGUCUAUGCUGCACCAGCAUCGUCCAAGGGAUAUUUACGUGCAGGUGAAAUUUAUUGUAUGCAAGGCAAAAGUAAUCUCGCUGUGGAAAUAUACGAACAAGGGCUCGAGGCAGUAGCAGUGACAGAUCCGCAGUAUACUGUACUCGCAGAAGAACGGAUAAAGGCACUGGCGCAAUCAGAGACACAGGUCGAUUUCCUUGGACUUCUUCCAUUCGAGAUUUUGGCAUUCAUUUUGCCUCUACUCUCUACAGCGGAACUUGUCGAGUGCGGGUCAGUAUGUCACAGGUGGCGUGAGCGUGUUAUCCAAUGCACUGAGGCGUGGCAUGAUGUGACGCUCAAAUGUGCCGAUGAUAUUACAUUGGUGGCGCCAGUAACAAUGCAUAUUCGAAAACUGUGGCUGAAUUUACUCGAUGAUUGGGAACUCGAUGAGUUUCUGGAGGAUAUGGUGAUUGACGGAAAUAUUAGACGUCUCGAGUCACUAGCGAUUGAAAGUGGCGAAGAGCUCGAUCCAGCAUAUUGCAUGGACGUGGUGUUUCAAUCUCAAAGCAGUCAUUCUUUGACAGAGCUGUACAUUUCCUUUGAUACCCUGGAAACGGUGCCCUUGCUAGGCAACGUGCUAUCCGAAUGCCCGAAUCUGACACAUUUGACGUAUGAAGCGCCUGACUUUGACCGCAUCGUCAAUACAACUCCGUUACCAGAAAAAUGCGGUAUCACCCACUUGCGGCUCAAUACAUUUCUCGGCGUGUUAUUACAAAGGCCGCAAUUAGAACCAAUUCUACGUGCUUGUCCGGAAUUACGUUGUCUUAUAGUCGAUCGUUGUGCGCCUAGCGCCCUUGGCGCUGUCCAUGAGCUCUGCCCCAAUGUCCCUUAUCUUCACUACGGUUCUCACGACGACGACAUUUCUGAUAUCGACCAACUCACUCCAUGGGACUGGCCUUCUGCACGAAUAAUACCCAACAACGAUGCCAACAGCAAAAAGACAACAAAAGCCGUUGCAGGCUCACGAUACAUAUCCAUUGCAGCCGAGGAUGCUAAAAUCAACCGUCGCGAGGUAAUAUCGACACUCAACAGAAACGCAGCUACUGUGGAAGAGCUUUAUCUAAACAUCCAUGUGGACGAAAACCGGUUCAUCUACACACCUGCUUGGGAGCCGUUAAACAUAUUUGGUGGUGAACGUCUACGCCGAUUUGAAUGCACCAUUGGCUGCCGCACAUCUGUUUUGGCGUCCAUAUUUUACCGAUCACCGGGAUUGGAAACAAUAGUAAUCCGAGACAUGCAUUAUAUCACCAACGCCAUCUUCAGCAGCUUGCUCGACCUACCCAAUUUGAAAUGUUUGCGGCUACUAGACUGUACUGGGCUCAAGGAGGAUGGACUGACGUCGUUUUUUGGGAAACUGGCAGCAUACGGCAAUAACAAGACAACACUGGCGGUUUUGGAAGAGCUCGAGUUUGCAGACAUGCCCAGUAUCACGGACCACAGUUUGAAUGCUUUACUGGAUAUCAUGAGCUUGCGUACAUUAUCGCUGACUCGGUGCAACUCCAUAUCUGGCAUUGGACUGAACGAGUUCAUGGAAAAGAUGCGAGGAAACUUGUCAUUGAUUGAAGAACUCAACUUUAUGCAAAUCGAUGCUGUAACGGAUCUAACUUUGUGUGCUCUUGGUGCAAUCGAACGCUUGAAACGUGUCAAACUCAGUUUACUCAACGGUGUUACAGAUCGCGGGCUGGUCAGUCUUGCGUGUGAUUUUGGAAAGUACGAACACAUUAAUGGUACCAGCACUAUUGCUUUACGUCGAUCUUGAGAGAAAUUGUAAUUAAAUAUAUACCACUCCACACACGCAUUAAUGUAAUAAAUACCCCAUCACUGCCAGUCACCGUUAACUUUUAGUUUCUUGUUCAAAACAGAGCCUAUGUACUGUAUUUUUUUUGUAAUGUUUCCACUAUAAAUAUAUGUCAUUAGUGGUACAGCAUACGCGCUGUACCGUGUGUCUUUGC